AUGAAUGAUCUUUUCUUGAGCCCUGAGCAUGUUCUCCAAGGAGGCUACUUCCAUGCUACCUUGCGAAAACUUCAAGAACCAAACACGAGCAUCGAACCGCACAAUAUUAUGUAUCCAGUAUUUUUGCUGGAAGAUGAAGAUGCCCUACAGCCUGUGUCGAGUAUGCCAAAUGUGUUCAGAUACGGUAUUAACAAGUUGAUCCCAGCUCUCACUGAAUUGGUAGAGAGGGGUCUCAAGUCUAUACUUAUUUUUGGAAUUGUUGAAACAUUACCUAAGGACCCUACAGGUUCAAGUGCGGACUGUUCUGAAAACCCUGUAAUAAAAGCACUGCCGAAGAUUAAGGCUGCACUGGCAAAUUUACUCAUUGCAUGUGAUGUCUGCCUCUGCCCAUACACCUCCCACGGUCAUUGUGGAGUGCUUGACAACGGUGUGAUCGACCAUGCUGCCUCGGUUAAAAGGAUUGCGGAGGUUGCCCUUGCUUAUGCUAAGGCAGGAGCUCACAUAGUGGCGCCUUCAGAUAUGAUGGACAAUAGAAUAAAGGGAAUUAAGGAUGCCCUUGUGAGCAGCAAGUUGCAGAAUCAGGUAUCCGUGUUAUCAUACUCCUGUAAGUUCGCAUCGUCAAUGUACGGACCGUUCAGGGACACGAUGAAGAGCUCCCCCAUGGCCGGGGACAGGAAGUGCUACCAGCUGCCGCCCGGGAGUUCCGCCCUCGCCGCUAGGGCUGCGGCCCGGGACGUGGCGGAAGGCGCCGAUUUCCUGAUGGUGAAGCCUGGUCUCCCAUACCUGGACAUUGUGCGACAGACCAAGGACAGUUUCCCGAACCAUCCGCUGUUCAUUUAUCAGGUAUCCGGCGAAUACGCGAUGAUAUCUCGCAGCGGAGACAGCAAGGAGGUGGAAACGACACUCAUGGAGACCCUCGUGUGCAUGCGCAGAGCCGGUGCGGAUUGCAUCAUCACAUACUUCGCGCCAAUAAUUUUAAGCAUACUGUCGAAUAAGCAAUGAUUUUUUCUCGAAGUUUCCAGAAGUGAAAAUCAGACAGUUUUUAUAUGACUUGAAAGGAGUUUCUAUAACUCUUUGUUAAUAUAUGUAUAUCGUAUCGUUCAAAAUAUAAGGAAAUAUUGGUAAUAUGCCUCUUUGUACUUAAAAUGUUUUGUAUUUUUGGAAAAUCUCCAUAAUGCUGUCCGUAAAUCAUAUCAUAGGUAAUAUACUCAUUGAAAUGUAUAAAGUUUUCAUUGCAGCAAUUGAAAUGAUCAAAAAAUGAAAGGAUUC